AUGGCCACGCUUAAGGACAGUAAGCCUCGCUCUUUAAAGCCAUUGACUAGUUCAGCUGCGCCUAAAAUCACAAAGUCCAUGAAGAUGAUUGCAAGUACGAAGCUGGCUCGCGCGCAAAAGGCAAUGGACUGCGGCAGAAUCUAUGGGGCAGCAACGCAAAGUAAGCCCUUGAUUGUACAUGGUCCGUUCCCCUCGCCAGCGCAAAACGAAAACUUUGCUCCUCUACUUAUCGCGGUGUCUUCCGACAGGGGGUUGUGUGGUUCGAUCCACUCAUCGAUCUCUAAAUUGGUCAAGAAGAGCGUCAAAGACACAAUUAGAGAAAUGCCAAACUCCUCACCCGCAGUGCUAGUGCUUGGAGAUAAGGCGAAACCACAAAUUGCGCGCGAAGCGAGGUCUUAUAUUACAGGCCACUUUAAUCAAUUGGGAAGAGUGAUCCCUGUCUUCCUUGAUGCCUCUAAUAUCGUAGAUACUUUAGAAAAAGAGUUUCCCAUCAAGCCGUCGGUGAUAAAAAUUUUCUAUAACCACUUCAAAUCAGUUAUUGCCUUUGAAAGCAGUGAAAUUACCGCCUUGCGGGCGGAUUCUCUCCUGUCCAUAGACGGCAUUGAAAAGUAUGAGGUUGACGAAGAGGCACUAAUGAACUAUGGCGACUUUUUAUUUGCUAGCCAGCUUUUUUGGACCCUCUCAGAGGGUCAUGCCGCCGAAAUGGCCGCCAAGCGAACGGCAAUGGAAAAUGCCACAAAGAAUGCAGGCAAGUGGUCCAUAUUAUAA